AAAAAGUGAGCCCAGGGAAAGAGAAGCGCGUUUACGUCAUUUCCGUUCUAUCGUGGCCCGUCCCUCCCUUCUUGCCUCGGUGAUACGUCGAGUGCGCCCGUUGCUAUGGAGACGGAUCAACAAUAGCCGGAGGAGAAGAAGCCUGAAGCCGCGUCCGAGAUGCCGGGCAGUGACAGUGGGUCACUGAGCGCUUCGUCCAAUGUCUCCAGCAGGUCCCGAUCCCACGUGCGCUACAGAACGAAGGCCUCCAGUUCAGAAGUCGACGAAAGCCUCUUUGGGAUGGCCCAGAAGCUCCAUCUGCCCCACAUCGGCAGCCCUAUUGUGGUCCUCCAAGAUAUCAAUAAAGCACCCAGAUCCCUCGGCUGGGGGCAGAAGCCUGAAAUGAUCCGCAUCAUCACCAAAGACCUGAUCCGGGACCUCGUGGUUCCCAAAACAGACCCUUCAGGAGAGUCGCUCAUCAUCAGCCCGGAGGACUUUGCACGCAUCAAAGACUCAUCCUGCGUCUUGACCAAGGAGGAGCGAGAAAACAGAGAAGCAGCCCACAAGGCAGAGCGGGAAGCCAUACUAGUGGCAGUGAACGAACGGAAGAAGUCCAUGAAGCGGAAAGAGAUCUUGCGGAAGAAGAACGAGAAGUUGAACGACUUGGAGGAGGAGGCCAAGGAACGGGCGCAGUAUCUGUUGGAGCGGGCCGCCAACCAGCGCAUGGAGCAGGAAGAUGAAAUCAAGGGUCUCAAUGAGAUCAUCUUGGAAGCCAAAUGCCAUGCGAUUCGUGAUGCUCAGAUCCUGGAGAAGAAGCAGGUUGAGAAGGAGCUGAACGAGGAGGAGAUGCGGCUGGCCCGGAUGAUGGAGGCGGAGCGGCAGAAGGCCAACAAGAUACAAGAGGAGCUGGACCAGAAGAGGAAGGAGGAGCGACUCAGGGGGAGGCGCCAUAUCAUUGAGCAGAUCAACAAGAACGAGGAGCUCCGUUCCCUGAAGGCUGAGCAGAGGGACCAGGAGGCCCAAGAGAUGCUCGACUACCUGGAGCGGCUGCAGUUCGAGGACGAGCGGGAGAUGGAGCACAGGCGGCUGGAGCGGCUGAGGAUCCAGGCCGAAAUCAAGCAUAUCAAUGACGAGAACCAGAAGCGCAAGGAGGAGAAGCAGGAGCAGGAGAGGCUGGCCGACAUGAGGGUGCUGGAGUACCAGCGGCAAAAAAUGGAGCGGGAGGCUGAGUUUGAAGCUGAGCAGCAGAGAAUCCACCGGGAGAAGGAGAUGGAGACGAGCCGCCUGCGGGCUUUGCAGGAGCGGGCCCAGGACCAUCAAGCAGAGCAGGAUGCACUGAGGGCCAAGCGCAACCAGGAGGCAGCCGAGCGGGAAUGGCGGCGGAAGGAGAAGGACGCUGCUCAGAAAAAGGCUCAGACCGAGGCCAUGCUGAAACAGAGCCGCCUGGAACAGGUGGCCAAGAAGGAACACGACCUGGCAGUCCAGGUGCAGCGAGACCGGGCCGAGUUUGAGAGGAUCGUCAGAAUCCAACGGGAGCAGAUCGAGAAGGAGCAGAAGGAGCAGGAGCGGCAUGCCACUCUCCGGCAGAUCCACGCCGAUGAGAUCCGGCGCCAGGUGCGCGAGCACCAGCAGAAACAGGUGCAAGAGCGCAUCGCCAUCUUCGAAGAAGGCAAGCGGCUCAAGGAAGAGGCGCGCCGGCGCAGCGAGCGGCUCAAUGAGAUCAAACGGAAGAAGCUGGACGAACUCCGGGCUGUUGGCCUCCCGGAGAAGUACUGUGCCCAGGUGGAGCGCAAAGCGUACGAGCGGUCGGUCCAAGUGCACUAAGCAGGAAAGGGAUCGCCUCCUCCCUCUGAACUUCGGCCUCUCAGUCCACACUCUAGAUAAUCUAUUUUCAUACUUUCUCGAAACAUUUUAUGAAUAGAACUAUUUCUGGACA